AGUUACCAAGCAUGGUCAUCAGAAACUAAUUGAACACAAAACAGUUCAUUAAGAGAACAUAACGAUGAAGAUGAAAGGAAAUCCAAUUUUAUUGAUAGUAGUAUUAAAUUUGUUUGGUGUAAUUUGUGUUGGAGAAUCAAGAAAAUCAUCAGGUGAUAUAAGUGAAACAGAGAAUGAGAAGAAAGUAUAUAUUGUGUAUAUGGGAGCAGCUGAUUCAUCAAAUGCUUCCCUUCGCAAUGAUCAUGCUCAUCUAUUAAACAGAGUGUUAAGAAGGAAUGAGAAAGCUCUAGUAAGAAACUACAAACACGGAUUCUCAGGCUUCGCAGCUCAUCUAUCAAAAGAAGAAGCAAACUCAAUUGCUCAACAACCUGGUGUUGUUUCUGUCUUCCCUGAUCCCAUUCUCAACCUUCACACUACACGUUCAUGGGAUUUCCUCGACUUGCAAACUCAUGUCAAAAUCGACACUCACUCAGAUUCUUCUUCUUCUGCUUCUUCUUCUUCAUCCAACGUCGUAAUUGGCUUACUAGACACAGGUAUAUGGCCAGAAGCAGUAAGUUUUUCAGACAAGGGAAUGGAUUCAAUUCCAUCCAGUUGGAAAGGCAGUUGCAUGAAAUCAAUUGAUUUUAACUCAUCCAACUGUAACAGGAAGUUAAUAGGAGCAAGGUAUUACCCAAACCCUGACCAGAAAGAUGACCCGGACAACACGCCAAGGGAUACAUAUGGACAUGGGACCCACACGGCGUCGACGGCGGCAGGUAGCGUUGUCAGUGGAGCAUCUUACUACGGUAUCGGGGAAGGUACAGCACAAGGUGGGUCCCCUGAAUCGAGAUUGGCGGUAUACAAAGUGUGCUUAAAAGACAUUGGGUGUUCUGGUUCGUCCAUCCUUGCGGGGUUCGACGAUGCGAUUGCCGAUGGAGUUAAUGUGCUUUCGCUGUCGCUUGGCGCGUCACCGGAUUUUCGACCCGAUUUGGCAACCGACCCGGUUGCAAUCGGAGCGUUUCAUGCUGUGGAGCGUGGCAUUCUCGUGGUUUGCUCCGCUGGGAAUUCUGGACCAGAUCCCGAAACUGUUGUUAAUGAUGCUCCUUGGAUUUUUACCGUUGGAGCCACUACCCUCGAUCGCUUUUUUCAAUCCAAUGUCGUAUUGGGUAAUAACAAACUUAUUAAGGGUGAAGCCAUAAAUUUAUCCCCUCUUUCAAAAUCCCCCGAUUAUUCUUUAGUACAUGGUGAGUCUGCCAAAGCAAUUAGCGCCAGUUUAGAUGAUGCAAGGAAGUGUCACCCAAAUUCAUUAGAUGAGAAAAAAGUGAAAGGAAAGAUUGUCUUAUGCGAUGGCAUAGAUGAUGUUUAUUUGACUGGUUUUAAAGUUCAACUGGUGAAAGAUGCGGGUGGAAUAGGUCUUGUUCAUGUUACUAACCAAGAUCUCACAAUGGCCACAAAUUCUGUUGACUUCCCAGCAACUGACGUAAAUCCCAAAGAUGCUGCCACACUCCUCCAAUAUGUCAAUUCAACAAAGAAUCCAGUGGCAACAAUUCUACCAACAGUUACAGGCAUUAAUUAUAAGCCUGCGCCCGUGGUGGUAGCCUUUUCAUCCAGAGGGCCUUCAGCGCUUUCAAAGAAUAUUCUCAAACCUGAUAUUGCAGCACCAGGAGUUGACAUUCUUGCAGCAUGGAUUGGCAAUGACUCAUCAAGGGUUCCAAAAGGGAAAAAGCCCUCACCAUAUUACAUUGCCUCAGGGACUUCUAUGUCAUGCCCACAUGUUUCAGGCCUUGCAGGCAGCAUCAAAGCUCAGAACCCUACUUGGAGUCCCUCUGCAAUCAGAUCAGCAAUCAUGACCUCUGCAAAUCAAAUUAACAAUAUGAAUGCUCCUAUUACAACUGAUUCAGAGUCAGUAGCCACGCCUUAUGACUAUGGAGCAGGGGAAAUAACAACAUCUGAACCAUUUCAACCAGGGCUAGUUUAUGAAACCACCACCGUUGACUACUUGAACUACUUGUGUUACCUUGGAUUCAAUAUAACCACAAUUAAGAUUAUCUCCAAAACUGUCCCAGAUAGUUUCAGUUGCCCCAAGGAUUCAACUCCUGAUCAUAUUUCCAAUAUCAACUACCCUUCCAUAGCAAUCUCCAACUUCAAUGGGAAAGGAACCGUGAAUGUGACUAGAACUGUUACAAACGUUGGUGAAGAGGAUGAAACGGUCUACUCCUCCGUUGUGAACGCUCCGAGUGAGGUGAAUGUCAAGUUGAUUCCCGAGAAACUCCAAUUUUCGAAAAACAGCAAAAAACUAAGCUACCAAGUUAUUUUCUCCUCGACUUCAACUUUGAAGAAGGAAGAUCUGUUUGGAUCCAUUACCUGGAGUAAUGGUAAACAUAGUGUUCGAAGUCCUUUUGUAUUAGCUAUGUAACUAAAUGUUCAUAAGAGAAAAAACUAUGUAGCUAAAUUAAAAGAAUUAUGAAUAAAUACAAGCUGAGUUCUUGUAGAUACCUA